AUGGGAACAAGAACUUAGCGAUUUGAGAUUUCUAAUAGUCAUAAAGAAGAAAAAGAUCUGUUGCCUAAAACCCACAUGUGGCAGGAUGAAAUUGCCAUGCUAAGACUGGAAAUAGACACAAUAAACAGUAAGAACCAGGAAAUGGAAAAGAAAUAUUGUGAAGACAUUGAAAUUAUAAAAGAAAAUGUCAGUCUUCUAAAGGCCAUAAAACUGAAUGAGGAAACAUUAACAAAAACAAUAUUAGAAUAUAGUGGACAGAUUGAUGCUCUGACCACUGAGAAUACAAUGCUAAAGUCUAAACUGGAGAAUGAAAAGCAAAACAAAGAAAGACUGGACACACAAGUUGAAUCAUAUCGAGCUAGACUAGCUACUGCUCUAGAGGAUUAUGAUCAAAGUCAGGCGUCAAAAAGAGACCUAGAACUUGCUUUCUGGAGAGCAAAAGAUGAAUGGUUUUGUCUGCAGGACAAACUGAAUUUUGAUGUGUCUAACCUAAAAGAAAAUAAUGAGCUUCUUUCUCAAAACCUUUCUAAAGCUGAAAGUGAAUUCAAUACUUUAGAAAUUGAGCUCCAUCACACAAGAGAUGCUCUCAGGGAAAAGACUUUGGUUCUAGAAUGUGUACAGAGAGACCUAAGUCAAACACAGUGUCAGAAAAAGGAAAUGGAACACAUGUAUCAAAAUGAACAAGAUCAAGUGAAUAAAUACAUUGGAAAGCAGGAAUCCUUAGUGGAGAGAUUAUCUCAACUACAAAGUGAAAAUAUGUUGCUUCAACAGCAUCUAGAUGAUGCUCACAACAAAGCUGCCAGUAAAGAACAUGUAGUAAUUAAUAUCCAAGACCAGUUUCAGGGUAUCAUAAAAAAACUUCAAGCUGAAAGUGAAAAACAAGGUCUUUUGCUGGAAGCAAGCAAUAGAGAGUUAAUCAAUGAAUGCAAUCUUUUAAAAGAAAGAAUGUAUCAGUAUGAAAAGGAGAAAGUAGAAAGAGAAGUAGCUGUGAGACACCUUCAACUAGAACUGGCUGAUGCCCUAAAAAAACAAUCUAUGUCAGAGGCUUCGCUGGAGGUUACAUCACGUUGCCGUAUUAAUUUAGAAGAUGAGACACAGGAUUUGAGGAAGAAAUUAGGUCAAAUCAGAAGUCAGUUGCAAGAAGCACAAGAUCGACAUGCAGAGGCUGUAAGAUGUAUUGAGACGUCGAAAGAUCACGUGCAAAAGCUUGAAGUUGAAAAUGCCAAGUUAAAAGUUACAGUCAAAAAACAAGCGUGCAAAAUUGAACAACUUCAGGAAAACCUGUUAAGUACAAGUUUGUCUGAUGAAGAAAAGGAAAAAAAAAAGAAAUGUAUUGAGUUGAAACAAUCUCUGGAAUGUAGUUUGGAUCAAGAAAUGAAGAAAAAUGGUGAAUUAGAAAAAGAGAUGACUAGAUUUAAGAAACUCUUAAACGUGACAAGGAGAAAGUUAAGUGAAUAUGAAGGUAGAGAGCUUACUUUCCCUGGAAAUUCAAAAACCAAUCAAAUUGAAAUGGAUAGUCAGAUUAAUAUGCUAAAACAGAAGGUUGAUGAUCUUACAGCAAAACUGGAAACUGCGUCUUCAAAAUGUCUAUACCUGGAUGCAAACAACCAGCUUCUUACCCAGGAGUUAACAUCUAUGAAGGAAAUGCAGAAGAAAUAUGAAAAACUAGAGAAGAAUAAAAAGAAGUUGGAACAAGUAGUAAACCUCAGAAGUCAUGUAGAAUUCAGUAUGGUAGAAUACAGUAAAAUAGAACACUAUAAACGGGAGCUUGAAGAAAGAACAAGAUUGGACAUAACAGAAAAAUUAAAAGAAGCCAAUCUGUUUUUCCAGACACAAGUAGCAUCUCAAGAAAGCUUAGGACAGUUAAGAGAAGCUAAUAAUGCUUCAAUAAGAAAUCAAAUGGAACUCAGAAUUAAAGAACUAGAAUUUGAACUAUCCAGAAUGAAAUGUUCUCAAGAAGAUUUUAAUAAAACAGAAUUGGAAAAAUACAAGCAACUCUACCUAGAAGAAUUAAAAGUUCGAAUGUCAUUGACAAAUGAACUGAACAAGACUAAUGAGAAGCUGGCAGAGACCAGUACCAAACUUCUGGUGGAGACACAGCAAAAAAAGUCUUUGAUUAAUACUAUUGCUAUGAGCCCUGUCCUAGAAUUGCCUUCUGUUAGAAAUAUGAAUAAUAGUUCACUGUUCAAUAGAUAUGUUGCUCCGAGAGAAAACCUAGUGAUUCCUACCUCAAGCUCACGGCCUACAAAGAAUGGCGUUGAGACUUUCUUGACCAAGAUGGACAUAUCUCAGCAGGAGAUGGAAAGGAAUAUAACUAGAGAACUAGAAGCUGCUGCUGAAUUUGAAUCAGACUCAUGGUGUAUGACCUCCUCUUUAGAAUCUACUUAUGAAUCACAUGUAAAUGACGAUCUACUAGUGAAAUCUUCAAAAGAAUAUUUACAGAUUUUGAAGAAAAAUUAUAUGUUCUGAAAGACAAACAUUAAAAAUUUAUUUACUGGAUGUUUGUAUAACAUCUUAAUUGUGUCCUACUAAACAUAUCGUGUGAAAAUCUUGAAUAAAGGAAAAUAG